AGAAGUGUAUUUUGAAAGGUCAAACGGGAUGUUUUGCGUUUCGUAGGUCGCUUUGGCUUUCAUGACGCUAUCGGUUUGCUAAUGUCCAUCAUAUGUAAGGAAAACGAUGGCCUUGUCGUAGUAAAGCAGUCUUAUAUUAUAUGUAAUUCCACUUGACGUUUGAAACUUUCACUGAUCCGAACAUGUAAGGUUUAUUCUCCGUUUUAUGAUAGCUAACUGCCGUAACGUCAGACUGUAGCAGCAGCAUAAGAUGAUGACGGAUCGGAGCACCGGUUGGAUUGCUCGGACAUGUCCUGUCACUCUCGCCAUCUUUCUACUAAUUAUUACUUCACAUGUGGUGCAACCGACUAAUGAGUUUGACCCGUAUAAAGUCCUGGGGGUCAGCAGGAGAGCCAGUCAGGUAGAAAUUAAGCGGGCAUAUAAAAACCUGGCUAGAGAAUGGCACCCAGACAAGAACAAGGACCCCAAUGCUGCAGAUAUGUUUAUUAAGAUUUCCAAAUCAUACGAGAUCCUGUCAAAUGAGGAGCGACGGUCCAACUUUGACCGCUAUGGGCAGAUGGAUGAAAAUCAGCCUUUCGGACAGUCACAACAUCAUGGGUUCCGCCACUUUGACCACAGCUUCUACUUUGAUGAUUCUUUUUUCCAUUUUCCCAGGUCCAGAGACUUUGCAGACAGCAAGUAUAUGCUGCACCAUGCUCAGUUUAACAACGACAUUCUCCCAGACAGCUACAAGAGGCCGUACCUGAUCAAAGUGACUUCUGAAUGGUGCUUUGCCUGCAUCCACAUCGAGCCAGUGUGGAAGGAGACGGUGCUAGAGCUGGAAGCUUUGGGCGUGGGUAUCGGCAUCGUGGAUGUGGGUUCUGAGCGUCGUCUGGCCAACCAGCUGGGAGCUUAUCGGGCUCCCUCCAUCAUUGGGCUGGUGAACGGUAGGAUGACCUUCUUCCACCAGCAUGUGGUGCGGGAGCACCUGCGACAUUUUGUGGAGGAUCUGCUGCCUCAUAACCUGGUGGAGAGGAUCAAUGACAACAACUAUCAGGCUUUUCUUGACCGGUGGCAUGUGGAAAAUAAACCCAGUCUGCUGCUGUUUGACCAAGUUCCUGUUGUGCCUCUUCUUUAUAAGUUGACAGCUUUUGCCUUUAGAGACUACAUUCGCUUUGGCUACGUGGAUCAAGGUGCGACGCCCAACACUAAGCUGCUGCGGCAGUUCAACAUCAACACCUACGCUCCCACCAUGCUGCUGUUUAAGGAGGACACAGAGAAGCCUGUCGACAUCAUCCAGGCCAGGGGGAUGAAGAAGCAGCUCAUGGACGAGUUUGUUACGAACAACAAGUUCCUACAGGUGCCACGGCUUGUCAACCAGCAGCUUUUUGAUGAGCUGUGUCCCGUUAAGCAGUUCCACCGACGGAGAAAGUAUUGUGUGCUGCUCAUCACUGGUGAGGAUGAAGCCUUCCUCCCAGGCAACAAGGCUUUUGUGGACUUUGCCACUGCUAACAAAAAAGACAUCCUACGCUUCGCAUACGUCUACCAACGUCAGCAGCAGCCUCUCUGUCAGGCGCUACUACCCAACCAGGCUGCCGCCUUCCCUCAGGUGGUGAUUCUGGAGAGGCGGAGUCAGGCGGGCAGGGUGCUGUUCCGCUCCGUGAGCAGCGGCUGGAACGGCAGCCAGGAGGACAAGUACCGGCUCCACAAGCAGCUGGAGCUGCUGCAGAAAGACCCCACCUACCUGAGCUCAGACACAACCUUACCGGAACUCAACAACGAGAUGGCUCCGAUUUUUAUUAUUCACUGGAUGAAUGCUGCGUAUGAUUACAUCCUUCAAAUAUAUGAUGGCCUUCUCUACUCAAACUGGCGAGAGAUGAUGCCUAUCCUGUCCUUGAUCUUCUCAGCUCUCUUCAUUCUUUUUGGUACUGUAAUAAUUCAGGCUUUCAGUGAGCCAAGCGAGAGCAAACCUCAGAAACCGAAGGCAAAGGAGCAAAACGCAACUCAAACAGAGGACGAUGCAUCAAGCAGAGCAAAUACCUCGAGCCGUCCUCCAAGGAAGGACUUUGUGGAAGUGACAGAGCUAACAGACGUCACCUACAUCAGUAACCUGGUAAAACUGAGACCGGGUCACAUCAACGUUGUGCUGGUGCUCACCAACGCCUCCAAGAAUGCUCUGCUCAGGAAGUUUGCAAAGGAGGUUUUCUCUUUCUCUGGCACUCAGACCCUCCACUUCUCCUUCCUCAACGCGGAUAAGCACCACCACUGGAUGCCUUCGCUCCUUCGCUCUGCCUGUCCUGCCUGGUCGAGCGAAAGCCACUCGGACGACGAGGAGUCCUCAGACUACACGGGCCACGUCCUGGCCCUCAACGGCCACAAGAAAUAUUUUUGUCUCUUCAGACCCGUCUUCACCGGGGACGACCCCAACGACUCAUCGUCUGACUCCUCCGACUCCAAGAGGAAAUCACGGUCCAGGUCCAGGUCCAGCUCCCACUCCCGCUCCCGCUCUCACUCCAGGGAAGAUGGAGCCGUCCCCAAGAGAGGCUCGAGCAGGCCCACGAGCAUAGAGGUCCACCACAAGCUGGACAGGCUGGGGUUGUGGAUGGAGCGGCUCAUGGAGGGCACCCUGCCCAGGUUGUACGUCUCAUCGUGGCCUACGCUGAACGAUGCCUCCAGCGCCUUCUCCGCAGAGAGCUGAGGUCAGAGAAAAGAACAGCUGCACCUUCUGUUUUGUUUUUUUUGUCCUCCAAAGAAACCUGCAGAGCAACCAUGUUGUUUUCAAAUAACUGUUUAAGUUCUGUGUAGCGCGGCACUGAUCUGUUGGUGAGCAGCAACACCUUGUCCAUAUUGCUUCGUCAUAUUCACAGUCUGGAUGAAUCACAGUGCAGGAGAUGUUAGCUGUGUCUAGCCCUGUCUGAAAUUGGAAAUUUAUUUGUUUAUAUGUGUUUUGUUAUGCCAUUGUGUACCAUAAGUUUUAUUUAUAAAUCUCUGUCAUAAUUACAUGGGAUGAAAAUCCUCCAGUAACAUCUGUCGAAAGGAUUUGGUGCAGACACACCCGGCUCAAUCAGGCCCAAAUACAAACACUGCUUUCAUCACACUCGAAUGCACUUGAACAUAAACGCAAGAGCAAAGAAGAAGCAAAAAAGAACUAAAUAACAACAACAACAAAAAAAAAAGUAAAAGAGUUCUGAGAAAAGCCCUUGGAGGAUAAUGAAAAAGCUUCCAGAGGCAAGAAAGAUCUUCUGUUUACACAAACACUAUUCCUUAUAUACAGGAGAUGUACAUUCAGCCUGCAUGUUGGGUUAUAGAGCCAGGCUUGGAUAUUUAAUGCCCAAAACAUUCAAUCCAGGACCUAUAUGCGAGGGAUGCAUUUGUUGGGCUAAAAUCAGAUCCAGCAGCAAGAAAAAUGUAUGCGCCUAUCUAAAUAUUUAUUAUUGCAUCAAGAAGCCAUCUAAAUGCUGAAACUCAAGAAAAUAUGUCAAAAAACAACAACAACAGAGAAGCAGAUUGUGGGUACAAUUCAGUCUUGUCAUUUCUUUUCUCUUUUUCUGCCAUACAAGCUGCAGAAAUGUCUAUGGUAAAGAGAGUUUCAUUUUUUUCAUAAAUACCACUUUAUCUGUAGAGAAAAGGCAGAUACGGUACAUGUGUACACACAUUUUGUGUGUACACAUGUUUUCUUCAUCUGACCCCAGGAGUUUGAUCCUCUGCUGUCUCUUAUUUAUUAGAUGAAGUCAUUCAGUGUGUGGCAUUUUUUGCAUUACUUAAAUUAUUUAAACAUGCACCAAGCCUCUGAAAUGCACCUCAAGCUUCGAAGCUUUUUUUUUUUUUUU